CCAGGAACAGAUGCAGCUGCAGUUCAGAGAGAGGGUGAGGCAGGGAGGCAGGACGAGUUUGCACACACUGUAGAGGGAGUGCAGCUAUGGGGAACACGCAGGAGAAACCUUCAGGCAGUGGAGGAGCGAGGCUGGAUCAGGCCACAGCGGGGAACGGCACCAGAAGCUGGGGUGGAGGCAGCACGGACAAGCCCAACACACAGGGAUUUACAAAGAGGGGGAUGGCCAAUGGCACGCAGAGAGAAAACAGCCCUGCUGGUGGACAACGGGAGCAGAGCAGCCCUGCAGUGGACACAAGUUACCUGGACGCUCCUGCUGGGGCCCUUCCUCCUCACCUGGCUCGCCUCAAGAACGAGGGAAACCAUCUCUUCAAACACGGACAGUUUGGAGAUGCUGUGGAAAAAUACACUCAGGCUAUUGAUGGUUGUGUGGCAGCAGGCACUGAUAGUCCAGAAGACCUGUCUAUUCUCUACUCCAACAGAGCUGCCUGUUACCUGAAGGAUGGAAACAGCUCAGACUGCAUAGACGACUGCACCAAGGCUUUGGAGCUGCAGCCGUACUCAUUGAAGCCCUUGUUACGUCGAGCUAUGGCCUACGAGUCACUGGAGCGCUACAAAAAAGCCUACGUGGAUUAUAAGACUGUGCUGCAGAUGGACACAGGAGUGCAGGCGGCUCACGACAGUGUCCACAGAAUCACUAAGAUGCUGAUCGAGCAGGACGGGCCUGAGUGGAGAGAAAAGCUUCCAGAGAUUCCCGCCGUCCCACUCUCUGUCCAGCACCUACACAGACAGAAACCAAUCAGCAUUGAGCUGGCCCAGGCCCGAGCCGCCAGGGCUGCACAAGACGAGGUGAGGAGAAAAGAGGCUCAGUUCAGUGUACUGAAACAGAAAGGCAACGAUCUGGUGAAGAAUGGUCACUUCCAGGAGGCACUGGAGAAGUACAGUGAAUGUCUCACCAUGAGAUCUGAUGAAUGUGCUGUUUAUACCAACAGAGCCAUUUGCUUUCUGAGGCUGAAUCGCUUUGACGAGGCCAAACAGGACUGUGACUCUGCUCUGCAGCUGGAGCCGAGCAACAAGAAAGCCUUCUACAGACGAGCUCUGGCCCAUAAAGGUUUACAGGACUAUCUGUCAGCCAGCACUGACCUGCAGGAAGUCCUCCAGCUGGACCCAAACGUUCAGGAGGCCGAGCAGGAGCUCGAGGUGGUGACUGGUUUGCUGAGACAGAGCCUGAUGAAGAGCACUGCGCACACACCGAGGGUUUGAUGUCUCCCUGCGGAUCAAUAAACAGGUGUGGACUUGUAUUAUACUAUUAGCAGCUGUGGAGGGAAAAAAAAACCCCACACUCUUUUUAAAAGCCAUCAACUUGAUUAAGUAAGACCUGUGAAAACAGAAAUGACUGGUGGUAAUUUCUACGACAGGCUCCUUGGAUGACUACGGUGUGAGGGCUGCACCAUCUGUAACGUGUGCAAACUGCACCAUAACUCCCGAGUGCACAACUCUACAAAACAGGCAGCCUUGUUUUAAAAAAAAAAAAUAAAAUGUCAAAGUGCUUGACCUGCUUGCAAUAUAAAGGCAUUCACGUGAUGGUGUAAUGCGUUGUAUAUACAGAUUCAUGCACCAAGCUGCCGCACACUGUUCUCUAUUGAGGUAAGAUGGAAAAAAAGCAGAGUGAGGGAUCUAAUGUGUGCCUUAUUGAAGUUGUUAUUGGGCAGGAUGAAAUAUGCCAAGAUUGAGUUUUACUUUGAUUUUUCUUUUUUUGUGUUUGUUUGGUUUCAAAAUGAUUCAGUCAGCUGACGAUGGAAGGGCUGAAAAAAAAACCUGAUCCAACUCAAGUGUAGCAGUAUGUGAAGAUGACAAAUGCGUUCAGUAUAGGUCAUUUAUCAUCUCGGUACGUUUCUGUGUAUCGAGGCUUCCAGCUCUGUCACUGUUUAUACCUAUUUAUAUUAUCAUAACUGCUGCUAAUUUAAAGCUUUAACAGACUUUUAACCCUUUAUCGGGCAAGUGACUUUAAAUGAUAACUUCUGCAGAUAUCCAAAAUGGCAUCGCUACACAGCGCAGUGAGGUUGGAAAAUCACAUGACGUUUCUCAGCCAAUCAGCGAAGGUUAGGCUACGUCACAGAUUGAUAUUUUUUACAUGAAAAUUCAAUAUUUUAAAGCAAAAACGUCUUGUUGUGCCCUGCAAUGACACUAUAGGAAAAAGAUAAUUUAAUUUUGAAUUUACAAGCAUUUGAAAGGCUGUCUGAUAAAGGGUUUAAUAAAAGUCUGUUACAGUCACACAGUGCUGAUUAGGCCUUCGCUCCACAUAACUCCCUCUGUGUUUCUCGGUAUAGUAGUGAGUGUUAAGAUCCAUUGCCCGGUGACAGAAUAAUAAAAAAAAAAUCCAACAGAAGUUACGCAUUGCAGCUUUAAGAUGACAGCUCACAGUAUAAUGGUCAUGCUUUUGGGGAAGAAAAAAACCAACGCAGACCUCCACAGCUAAGCCAUAACAACACUGACGGUAAUAUAGAUAUUUUUUAAGACUGAGUGAGCUCAGUGUUGAGGUCGUAGCUAAUCAUACGGUUGCUGCUUCCCCCGGUUUUAGAUAAAUAUCCAGUCACUUACUGUAAUGCAGGGUUAUUACCGUUAUUACAGGUUACAUAUUCACGUACUGUACUGUGUUGGUCUCAGGGUCAGUCUUGAAUGUACACGGGGAACUUAAGUCUCCUGCUGCAUCCAAUAUUAAUGUUUGUGUCUUCAGCUGCAACAAAGAAAAAAAAAGAAAAAAAGGAGCAAGGAUUGUCCAUCAAUCACCUCACCUAGUCAUAUCAACACACAUUCAUAUCACAGUAAAAACAUGAUAUCACAUACUCCUCUAUAGAGCCAAACGAGUGAUACAGCUCCAAGCAAAACAGUCCCAAUGAAGGUUUAAUUCUGUGGAAGCCAUCUUCAGUCUGAAUAAACUGAUAUUUUAUAUAUGAUAGAGGCUUUUUAACCCUUUUGGUUUAUUUCUUAGCAGGAUUAACAAAGGCAAAUGUGAUAAAGGGGGUUCAUAGGUUGGAGAAUUCCCAUUUGCUUCUGAUGUGGAUUAAACAGUAGAUGCAGGAACACUGCAACAUAGGGCGUUAAAACAUUGUGUUGAUUGUUCAGGGAAUUAUGCACAGAGCUUGAUUUUUGUUGUUUUGUUUUAAUAAUCAGGCAUGUUCAGUGGUUGGAUAGUCACACGUCUGUACAAUAAUUGUGCUGAUGAAUUGUUUUGGUUUUCUUCUAUUAAAGCAAAAAUUAGGUUAAAACAGACGUAUUACAAGAUGGAAAGGACAGACAGGUAAUCAAAUGGCAAAACGUACAAUUGGAAAUCUCACAUUAUUUAGCAGUUUUAUGAUACUUACACACAGUAUAUCCUGUCCCGGCUCCUUUGCACAGGUGUUUUCACUUAUUGAAUCUGAUUAGAGCUGGAGUGCAGUCAGAACACACGGCAGCUCCUCCCACUGUAACCUGAGCAGAGGGUUAAUUAACCAGAAUUAAAAACACCUGUGUGGCUGAGCAGGUUCCCAAACACCACGGGAGCCGCUCUGUUUUUAUUUGAAUAGCAAACAACGCCUCAUGCUUUUGAAACGUCCCGUCAGCUCAUGCAGACGUAUGAAUAGCACAAUGUGCCACGGCUGUUAUUUCACUUGUGUCGACAUGUACAUAACUUUGUUUUUCCCCUUUUAAAAUAAAAAAACACAAAAAACUCAUCGACGUGAAACCAUUUGACACGAGGCUUGAACAGCAUCUCGCUUCUCUGAAUGUAAAAGCAUGUACUGUAUGUAAAUAGUUUGAAUGCAAAUGUAAAUAAUAAACAAUAAUGUGAAUGCUUUAA